GGGUAUUGUGUGUAGAUUGAUGAAGGAUUAAAACUAUUUGAUCAAUAUUAGAAGGCUGUAAUAAUAAAUUGUGGAAAAAGUCAAGUGGUCUGAAUACCUCCCGAAUACCUCCUGAAUGCACUGUAUGCGUUAUUUGACUCGAGGACCAACAGUGGAGUGUUUUGUUUUUUUCAAAUAAAAACCUUGCUCCAAGUCAGAUUCGAACUUACAGCCAUUGUAUUUCACUGCUUCUGACCUUAGUUGAUCACACCACCAAUUAGUGAUUACAGUAAACAUGUCAAUUACAGCUAUUUGAGAAGACCACGAGUGCCUUUAACUUUCUAUAUACAACAUAUGAAUAUAAACUUACAUGUUGUAUAAUCCUCCUACAUCUUUAUUGCUGUAAAAACACAUGCAUCUGUGUGAAACGGACUUAUUCCACAUUUUGUUGUUACAGACUGAAUUCAAAAUGUAUUAAAUAUAUGCACAAUAACCCCAUAAUGACAUAGUGAAAACAUAAUUUAUACAUUUUUGCGCAUUUAUUGCAAAUUAAAUACAGAAAUAUCUCAUUUACAUAAGUAUUCACACCCUUUGCUAUGACGCCCUGAAUUGAGCUCAGGUUAAUCCAAUGUAUUUUGAUCAUCCUUGAGAUGUCACUACAACUUGAUUGGAGUCCACCUGUGGCCAAUUCAAUUGUUUGGGCUUGAUUUAGAAAGAAACAUCUGUCUACAGAAGAAUCCCAGGAAAUUAGAUGACAAUAGGAUGAUAUUUGACGGAAACCAGAUUAAAGUAUUAUGACCAAAGUAUGGAAAAUGACUGUUGCUUCUACAUUGAUUACGUUUGAUAAUAAACUUACUGGUCCCUUCCCACAUGUUACCUUAACUCUCAUUUUAAUACACCAAUGGUAACAUGAUAUUCGCUUAUCUAAUUUAAAUAAGUACCACCUUGUCACAAACAUCGGAGAAAACGUGUUUGCAGAGGGCCGUGGUUUAUAUAGCUAGAUAGCUACUCUACUGGUGCCAAAUGUUGACUGUAUGUACCCUAUUCAUCUAUGGCAAAGAAUAACCGCUUCAGUGACUUUGUGGACAAGCAGACAGGAUACAAAACCAAAAACAUGCUCACAUACCCCAUCAUGGCUGAUAAAGAAUGCCUUGGUGUUGUAAUGGCACUAAACAAAAUUGGGGCCGAAGAAUUCUCAAAAGCCGACGAGGAACUCUGGAACAAGUACAUGGUCUUUGCACACGUCAUUGCCCUGCAGCAUCACACUGCAUACAUGUUCAACGUGGAAUCCAGGAGGAGUCAGGUACUUCUGUGGUCUGCCAGCAAAGUGUUUGAAGAGUUGACAGACAUUGAGAGACAGUUCCACAAAGCUCUGUACACUGUGAGAAUCUACCUCAAUUGUGAAAGAUACUCUGUGGGCCUCUUGGACAUGACCAAAGAGAAGGAGUUCUACGAUGAGUGGCCAGUGAAGCUGGGAGACGUACCACCAUACAGCGGACCAAAGACCCCCGACGGAAGGGAAGUCAUCUUCUACAAGAUUAUUGACUAUCUCUUAGAAGGACCCAAAGAGGAAAUCAAAGUCAUACCGGGACCUCCUAUUGACCACUGGGCCCUGGUCAGUGGGCUCCCCACCUAUGUUUCUGAGAAUGGCUUUAUUUGUAACAUGAUGAAUGUUGCCGCUGAUGAGUACUUCACCUUCCAGAAAGAGGCUGUGGAUGAGACCGGUUUCGUCAUCAAGAACGUCUUGUCCCUUCCCAUCGUCAACAAAAAGGAAGAAAUCGUGGGUAUUGCCACUUUCUUCAACAGGAAAGAUGGUAAACCAUUCGAUGAGCACGACGAACAGAUCACUGAGGCCCUCACUCAGUUCCUGGGAUGGUCGGUGCUCAACUGCGACACGUACGACAGACUGAACAGGAUGGAGUGGAGAAAGGACAUCGCCCAGGAGAUGCUCAUGUGUCAGAGCAGAUGCACUAACACUGAAAUGCAGAGUAUCCUGAACACAAAGGAGAAGUUUGAUGCCGAACCAGAGGACUGUGACCAGAAAGAGAUGUACAAGCUCUUGAGAUCGAACUGCCCUGUGGCCAUAGACGUAGACCUGCUGCUGUUCUCCUUCAGUGACUUCCCUGUGACAGAGCACGGCCUUAUCAUGUGUGGAAUUCGCUGCUUCUUUGAGCUGAACGUGGUGGAGAAGUUCAAAGUGCCCGCAGAGACCCUGACCCGAUGGAUGUACACUGUCCGGAAAGGUUACCGUGACAUCACCUACCACAACUGGAGACACGGCUUCAAUGUGGGCCAGACCAUGUUCUGUCUUCUACAGACGGGCAGGCUGAGGAAAUAUUACUCUGACCUGGAUGCCUUUGCCAUGGUGGCUGCUGCAUUCUGCCACGAUAUUGACCACAGGGGGACCAACAACUUAUACCAGACAAAGAGUGGAUCGCCUUUAGCCAAACUGCACGGAUCCUCCAUCAUGGAGAGGCACCAUCUGGAAUAUAGCAAGACGCUCAUGGCUGAGGAGAGCCUGAACAUUUUUGUGAAUCUCCAGAAGCGCCAGUUUGAGACUGUACAGCACUUGUUUGACGUCUGCAUCAUUGCCACUGAUCUGGCUUUGUACUUCAAAAAAAGAACAAUGUUCCAGAAUAUUGUGAACGCCACUGAGCCAAUGGAAACCGAGAAGGACAAAAUCGAGCACAUUUCCAACAACGCCAUCAGGAAGGAAAUUAUCAUGGCCAUGAUGAUGACAGGUUGUGACUUGUCUGCCAUCACCAAACCAUGGGAGGUCCAGAGCAAGGUGGCUCUAAUGGUCGCAGCUGAGUUCUGGGAGCAAGGUGACUUGGAAAGGUCCGUUCUCGAUCAGCAACCCAUUCCCAUGAUGGACAGAAACUGUGCAGCGGAGUUACCCAAGAUGCAGUGCGGUUUCAUUCAGUUUGUGUGUGCGUUCGUAUACAAGGAAUUCUCGAGGUUCCACGUAGAGAUCACCCCAAUGUUUGAUGGGCUGAACAACAACCUAAAGAACUGGAAAGAGCUGGCCGACAUCCACGCCGCCAAGAUGGCGGCCAUUGAAGAAGAGAAAAAGAAGCUUGAAGCACCAGCAGUAGAGGAGGCAGCAGAGGUUGGAAAGUCCAAGACCUGCACCAUCGCCUAACCUCCUGGAUUGUGCCCCAGUCCCGGCCGUGUGGCAGAGGAUCCCUGGGCGCAGCAAGCAGUCAGUGGGGAGACCGUGUGAAGAUGUGUCCCUGUGUGGACUGACUUAAUCACUUCCCCUCAUUCUCAGGACUUGAUAAGCCAAUCCUGAUGGAUCGACACACUCAUUGCAGAUGUACUCGCAGCUGAUGCAUUACCAUAUCUUGACAGCGCACUUAAAGUAGAGCUUACCUUUCGCAGAUAACUAUAGGUACGACUUUAUCGACAACUAACAUAAUCCAAGUAAUGAAACAAACAUUACAUCUUAACAUCUGUCAAAUGGCAUAUACUGUAUUUAAUAUUUAGACAUGUAUUCUGUUUUGGGAAAUAUCUCCCUGUACAUUUGCAUCCAUACUCUGAUGAUCCAUAAAGAUAUUAGGGGGACAGGUUCAGUGGACAAACUUUUAUAACUGAGCUGUUUUAUUAGAACAGGAAAAACUCAAACUUCUCAAACUUGAAACUUGUUUUUAGCAAAUGACAAUUGACUUUACCCGAGGGCUAAUAUAAUAGCAAUGCUCAAAAUGUGUUCACACUCCUGAGCCUUGUGAGGUUGCAUUUAUGUUGAUAUGCAAAAGUAUAUAUUUUUUGAUUGUCAGAGAUUUUCUACUUCAUGUAUUUUACGAGUGGAGCUGAGUCAGUUCAAAGCCUAAGUCUUUAGAUUGUAUGAACUAAUAUGUUUCGAAGUCACAUUUGAGCAUCAGGUAUCCAUUGCAAACUUUGUGUUCAAUUUUAAACUCAAUUUCCUACAAAUAACUUGAAAAUGUAAUAUAUAUGACAAUAAUAUAUUGGUGUGUCAUAAAUUGCAAUUCAAUCAUCUUUUAAAAAAAAUGUAGAUGAUGCUACUGUAUCAUGUAUGUUUAUGCUCCAAAGAAAAGUAGUUCAUCACAUAAAUGUAAAAUAUGUGAAAAUGAAACCUACAAUCCCCCCCAAAUUGUUGUGCUUGCUAUUAGGAGGCAAUCCUUGGUAAGGCUCCAUCAGCGUUGUAAAUAUCUCCAGGUACCUGACCAUAAGAUGAUUUGAUGGGAUUGAGUUUACUUGUCAGUCGGCUUUUGAGAUCUGCACAGCUUGAAACUUUAAAUACCCUACUUACUGUAGAUAAAGCAGGCUACCGAAGUCUUGUAUCUACUGUGUGUGAAAGGCACCAUGUUUGUUUGAUGGGGGACAAGCCUGCAAUGUGGCCUCAGUCAGACCAAAGUUCCUCUUCUCUUUGUUUGACCAUUUGAGGCUUAUUUGAUGACCGGUGUAAAAUGAAUUUAAGCAACAAUGAGAAAGUGAAUUGCAACGGGAUUUCCAUAAAGAAAACAUCCUUAGAAAUCCUGCCAAGCAAUCUCCUUUUGACCUACUGUAACAGGUGGCCAAGACAUCUGCGGAGACAUCCGUGAGUUGCCCUGAGCAGGAAACACAGGGCAGGCAAAGUUUGACUCCCUUGCUUAUGCAACGUGCCCUCACUAAAUCAAUGGAAAAUCAAUCAAGAGCAGUAAUCCAAUGAGGGUGGCUUUGACAGCCACUCUUCAUCUUAAAUGGAUUCUCUGAAUUUCUGUUCCUAUAGGUGCUGGGCGGGGCAGGCUGCUUGGGUUUGGGCUCCACAAUGGGAUAAGGCGAACAGUAUGAGAAGCAAUCUAUUCUGCGCGUACGUUUAAAAGACACAACAUGUAUAUCUACUAAUUCUAUUGCGUUAUCAUUGAGAGAUUAGAAUUUGACAUUUGAUGUCUGAUGAAACGAAUUCUACUGUAUGUACGUGUCAUAAGAUGUAACAUGUUAACAAAAUAAAGGCAUUCAUCAAAGUC